UGGAAGUAAGCAUAAUAGUAUACGCAUUACUAGAUUAGGAGUUAAAAUGAUGAGGGAAAUUCAGCUCCAUAAGUGUGCGGCCCUUAUUUUACUUGUAUUGAUACAAGUAAAUACAAUAGCAAGUGUGCAUUGGGGAUAUGAGAAUGAUGGGCCGUCUAGAUGGUCAAAGAUAUUUCCAUUAUGUGGUAAAAUACGUCAAUCACCCAUUAAUAUCGUCAAUUCAAAAGCCAAAGUACGAUCAAGGCUAGGAAACAUCACAAUGAUUGGAUACGAUAAACCAAUCACAACGAAGAUAAGAAAUAAUGGCCACACUGCCCAGGUAGAUAUAACAAGUGGUGAUGUAUUUAUUAAGAAUGGCGGACUUCCUGGAAAAUAUAAACUGCUACAGUUACACUUUCAUUGGGGUUCUGAUAAUGGUAAAGGUUCGGAACACACAAUUAAUGGAGAACAGUUUCCUAUGGAACUUCAUUUGGUCCAUUAUUUAACUUCUGCGGCGGGUGUAGGGGAGGCGUUAACCCUACCUAAAGGUUUGGCUGUUAUUGGAUUUAUGUUUGAGAUUUCUAAAGACGAUAAUAAAGAGUAUACUAAUAUAAUCUCUGCACUAUCACAGAUAACUGAAUAUAGUGACCGUGAUAUAUUUAGCGUACAAUUGGCGGAAUUUGCUGUCGGGGACUUGCUUCCUAACAAUCCAUGUCAUUUUUACCGGUACCUUGGAAGUUUGACAACCCCAAGCUGUGACGAGAUCGUUGUUUGGUCAGUCUUCAAGGAAAAGAUCAAAAUCUCAAAACGCCAGCUUGACGAAUUCCGUAAAUUAAUGUCUUCUGAAGGCGUAAAUCUCCAGAAUAACUUCCGACCCGUUCAGCCAUUAAACGGCAGAGUUGUUCAAGCUAAUUUUAACGUGGCGGAUACAGAAGACUCGUCAGAGGGCAAAGAAAAUGGGAGGCGUUGAAGAAGAAGAAGAAGAAGAAGAACAAGAAGAAUCUUAAGAGUAUCGUGUUAUAGACUUCUAUACAAGGAGUAAAACAGAAAAUUAUCUUCUUUCACAAUUUUAAUAAACACUUUUUAAAAAUGUAUAUAA